UUUUUCUUUGACGUGCACACUCAUUUCUCGUACCUUUUGCGCUUCAACUGUUCCAAGCACCAAAUGACGAUCAUUUUCUUGUGAAGACGUGACGGUAUAUAUUUUGUACGCCGUGUGAUCGACUUGCAUAAUACUACAUUAAAAUACUGUUCAUUUUUUUAAAUCGUUCGACUAUUUUUCAACAUCUAGUGCAGACGUGCAGACAUGCAGGUAUGUUUGAUUUUUGUUUUGUUAUUCCUUCAUGUUUAAAUAGUCUAUGAGAAUUCAUCGGUUAUUUCAACGCAAUUGUAAAAAUAUAUAUAAAAACAAUGUCAAUAUUAUAGAGUGCGUUGAAAAAUAGACUGUUUGUGAAGGAAGGUCCUACGAAGAAUAUUAGCAUAAAUGUUAAUUAUGACAAGUUAGAACAGAUUGGUGAAGGGACUUAUGGAGUCGUGUACAAAGCCUUAGACAAACAGACAGGCAAAUUUGUUGCUCUUAAAAAAGUUCGAAUGGAAACGUAAGUUGUAAUUUGUUACUCAGCAUAAUCCAUCGUAACAUUCUUACUAUUCUAAAUGUUUAAAUUGUUGUUAAAUAUAAUAUUAUAUAGGAGUGCCGAAGGUGUACCUUCUACAGCGAUGAGAGAAAUUUCAUUACUUAAAGAAAUAAAUCAUGAAAAUGUUGUUAAACUUCAUGAUGUUAUAAUGUCGGAUAACAAAUUAUUUUUAGUAUUUGAAUUCAUGGAUCAAGAUUUAAAAAAAUUAUUAGAAUCCCGCCGAAAAGAAUUUGGAUCUGGAUUACCUGAACCUAUUAUUAAAGUAAGAUUUAAUAUUUUAAUUUAAUUAACAUAUAAUUAUAAAUAAACUCCUUAAUACAGAUCUUAUGAUGAUAAUAUAAAUUUAAUUAUUAAAAUGUAAGCACAUAGACAAUGGAUUUUAAAAAUAAUUAUUUUCCUAUUAAACUUAUUAAACUACCACACGAUUCAAGAUUUGUAUUAAAUGUAAAAUUUUAAAUUAAUUAAUAUUCUAGUUCAUUUCCAUUUGUAUUAUUCUUAUAGGUAAUUAAAAAUUGAAUCAGUAAUUUUUCCUACUAAUUAUCUAUUGAAUCCAUUAUUGAAUUAGAAUAAAUAAAAUUGUAUUCAUGUGUUAGAAUUUUAAGGAAAAUAACUUAAAAUGUUAAAUAACUUGUAUCUGCUUUCUUUGAAAAUAUCAAAAAGUAAGUAAAAAAACAUUUAAAAUAAUCAAUUUAUAACUAUGGUUUAAUUAUAAAACAAUUCCAGAAUCUAAACCCCUACUCUUUAUGUUAUUUGUUUUUAUUUAUAAUUAAGAGAAGUCAUAAGAAAUUUUUGGUUUCCCAUUUGAUUUAAUUAAUUUAAUCAAUAAGUUAGUAUUGAAUUUGUUUAAAUAAUUAAAAGUAUUUACCAAUGGCACCCUAUUGGUAUAUAUAUUUUUUUACUAAUUUUCGUUUCCAAAAUCCAUUACAUAUUUUGAACAAAGAAGUAUACAUAGUAUAGAUUUGAUAUUAGUAUAAUAGUAUUAUUAUUAUGAAUGCACGAAUUAAGGAAACAUCCAAAUGGAUAAAAUUUGGCGCAGUUUUAUAGUUAGUUCUUAUAGGUAUGCAUUUUUUAAAUGUAUACACUACUUUAGUAGGUCACUAUGCCACGUCCACCAUAUUUGUUUUUUUUAAGGAUCAAUGGAAAAAUAAACAAAUAUAACUUAGUUGUAAUUUAUAUUUGUUCAUUUUAACAAGCUGACUCUUAUUUUUAAUUAUUAAACAUUUAUUGAGUUCUAUAAUAAUGUAUCAUAAUACGUUUAAAAUAAAUGAUAUGUGGUAGAAAAAUAAACCAUGGAACAAUACAGUGAUACCUGAUCUUGAAUGAUACUUUUUAAUCGUAGGCAUUACACGGACCAUGACUGCUUCUUUCUUUUUUUUUAUCACAUUUCAUUUUAGAUUCUUAAUGGAGCAAGAAAUCUAUUGGUUUUACAAUGAUGUUUAUUUUUUUUUUUUUUUUUUAUGUGAACAUUUUCUACCGGAAAGCAUACUCUGAUUAUCAAAUAUAGCACUUUUUCUGAAAGGAAAUGUUCUCUGGGUAGUACUUUAGAGAGGUUUUUCUUUGAAAUUCUCAUUAAUAUUGAAGAUAAUGAGGAAACCUAGUUUUUUAGUUUAACAAAUAUUGAAAGAUUAAAAAUAAGGUUGUCAUUGGCAAUCAUUUUUAUUUAUUUUUUGUUAUUAUUAAGUUUUAAUUAUUUUUAAAUCAUUGUUGUCAUGUAAAUGCACAUUGUUUUAAUCAUUUUACCUUAUUAUUAAGGGGGUAAAAUAGAGGUUUUUAGGUGUAUUUAGUACAAAUAUCUAAUUACUUAUUUAUUUAUUUAUUCAUUUUUAUUUGUUCAAAGGUUACCUUGGUGAUACUGAUGAUAGUUAAGUUGUCAUGGAUAAGAAAACUAUUAUAAUUAUAAUUAUUACUAUUACUUACACUAUUAACAUAUAAAUUAAACUAUACAAUUUCACAAUAGAACACUUUUAGUUUACUGAAAGUGGACUACACACUUUCCACCAAAAUGUUUCCAUUCAAUUCUAAAACUGUCAAAACCAAAAAUGAAUAUGGGUAAAAAAAAUAAUACAUAUUGGAAAGGGCAACGCCGGCACGGGAUAGUUAGUAUGACACAUACAUUGUUGACAAAGCAACACUAUCAACUAAACUCUACUUAGAAUCGUUUUUCGUUAUCAAUGGUUUAUCGUUGCUUACAGAUAUAGAUUAAUUUCUCAAAUAUAUCCCACCUUUCAAUUUCCCACCUACAACCGUGGCUCCACCCACGUGCAAAGUAUGUCGUCCGUCCUUAUUUUUUCGUAAUUUUGUCUUUCUUUUUUUUUUUUAACAGAUAGAAUUUUUUUUUUCAUACUUUGGUAUUUGAUUAGUGGUAAAUCACAAAAAUUUAUGUUUUUGGAGUAUAUUAUUUUAUAAAAAAAAAUACAGAAAACAAUGUGAAAAAAAUUAAUUACCUAAUGUGCUUGAGAUUUGUCAAGUAUAUAUUGAUGACAUAGAUGUAUAAUAUAUUUCUUUGAUUAUUUUUGGUCUCUUCCUAUAAACCAUAUAGUUCAGCGUGUGUCAACCUUUUUGAUUUCAUGGACCACUAAAUCUAUAACUGCAAAUUCUACAGACCACUAUAAAGUUUAUAGUGUUUAUAUAACAAUUCUCAUGUCCUUAUUCAGAUGUUUUGAACCCUACAGCUUUUUUUAUCAUAAAUACUGUUCCAUUAAUAAAAAAAAAUAUAUUUAUAAAAUGAUAUAAUAGUUUUUUUUUUUAUUUAUAACAUAAUUUAUUAAGCUUUAAAAUUUUUUUGUGGCCAUCAAAAUUUUCUCGCGGACCACUGGUUGAUAAUUGUUGAUCUAGUCUAUAUUACUUAGGACACCAGUAAUUUUAACAAUACUGUACAUAUCUAAAUCGGUUUAAGUAUUAAAAAGUUAUGGUGGAAUAAAGAAACUCAUAUAACUACUUAAUGAGACAGAAACAUAUAAUAUACUUUCUUUGCAGUCAGAAAAUAAAUUAUUUGUUCAAAAUCUUAGUCAUGUUUCAUUGUGUUUAUUCUGUUGAUAAUUCUAAUAAUUUAAUGGUAUUAAUAAAUAAUAUAGAUUUGUAAAAUAUACAAACAUUUUUAGACAUUUGGUUUUAUUUCAAGUGUGAAUUUCAAUAUAAGAUUGAGUUUCUUUAUCAAGAAACAAAAAUAAUUUAAGAUUUUUUUCAACGAUAUUUUUAAUAUUUUACAUCUACUUUUUCUACUUAAAAUCAGUAUAAUUUUUAAAUUUUCAACUAACAACCCCUCUCCCUUUUAACACAUAUUCAAUUAUUUGUCUACAUAUUUUGAACUAUAACACUAAUAUUAGAUUUAUGAAUUAUAACAGUUAAAAGUUUAGAUCGGAGGAGUAAAGAAAAGUUAUGGUUUUAUCAUCUAAAAAAGGAUUUACAAUUUAUUACUAUUUUCUACUCUUGCAGUCUAAAUUGUUAUAAUUCAUAAAUGAUAAAUUUGAUGUUUGUGCUGUUCUUAUCAAAAUUUUUAGAAAAUGUCCUCUAUUUGAAUUUGUGCUUAAAAAGAGUUUGAAAAUCUAAAGUUAAUAUUUAUUUUGGGUAUAAAGAGUAGGGGUAAAUUAGAAGUAAAAUAUUAUUAAAAUAAAGCUUAGAUAAAUGAUUCGAUAAUUAUUUAAAAAAUAAAAAAAUUAAAAUUAAAUUCAGUUGGUCACUUUGUACCCAUGUGUCGCAAAAGCUAAAUUGAAAAUUUUUUUUCUAAAAAUUUAAUACUAACAAAUAUUUAAAAACCUCUAAAACAUAGUGGGGAAGAUGGUAUUUAAGAAGGAUUUAAGUCUAAAAAGUAAACUUUUAAUAAAAAUGCUUCUCAUAAAAAAUUCCAAUCAAUAUUAUUUCUCUUUAAAUAUUAACAAAUUCCAAGUGGUUACAUUCUCAAAAAAAUGCACACCAAUUACUGUCAAUUGCUGUAUAUCUAAUAAUAUUCUACCUACAGUCAUCAUCAAUUAAAGAUUGAGGUGUAUUGUUUGACUCCAAAUUAUUAUUCAAAUCUUAUAUAUUUACAAUUCAAAAUAAAGCACUGUAUAAUUUUGGUAUGAUUAAAUGAAACUGAAUUUGUUUAACUGUUCAGAAUUUAAUGAUCCCUACACCUACAAAUAUCUAUUCACCUAUCUCAUCUGAUCUUUACUCCAAUAUGCUCCAUUAAUCUGAUGUCCUUCACUAUAUAUGCUUUAAUUAUAAUAUCUUUAGAACCCACCCGUUCUGGUUAUGAAAAUAUUUUGGAAAUAUUAUUAUUGAAAUCUUUGAAAACAUGCAGAAUUAAUGUAAAAAAAUCCUUUCUUUUCAACUUAUUAAAUAACAAAAUUGAUGACUUUUUUUGACUAAGUCAGAUAAAUUUUAAAGUAAAUAAAUAAAAUAUACACAAUAAUCAACUAUAUUAUUUUCCAAAUUACUCUGAAAGUUACACGAUGAAUCAUCUAAUAAAUAUUUUAAAGUAGUUUGGCAAUAAUCACUAUAAUUAUGCGAUUUAUUCAAAUAAUUUGUUUCGUUUUAAUUUUUUUUUUUCUUAUUGACCUUAUUAUUGUGUAUUGUUAAUUUAAAAUUGUUAACGUUACUUUGUUAUAAUCUGUAUUAUUAUUGUUAUUACUAUAAAUACACUAUAGAUUGGGCACUGUCGUAAGAAUUUAAAAUAAAUAAAUAAACAUUAAUAUUUAAACGUUUAAAGUUAUAUAAUAUUUAUUAGUUUUAACUAAUGCUUAUAAAUCUAGUAGAAAGUUUACAAUUUAUUUUCAAAUAACAGAAAUGUUUUAUGUUUUCAGAAUUACUUAUAUCAAAUACUCAAUGCAUUAGCUUACUGUCAUAUGCAUCGUAUAAUUCAUAGAGAUCUAAAACCACAAAAUCUGUUGGUGAAUAAUAACGGAGGAAUAAAAUUGGCUGACUUUGGGUUGGCUAGAGCAUUUUCAUUUCCUUUACGUAAUUAUACGCAUGAAGUAAUCACUUUAUGGUACAGAGCUCCUGAAAUAUUACUUGGAGCUAAAAUAUAUACUAUGGCUGUUGAUCUUUGGAGCCUCGGAUGUAUAUUCACAGAAAUGGUAUGUUUUUUAUAAAUGAAUGCAUAAGUAAGAUAAACUACUAAUAAUUUUUUAAACCUAAGGAAUUUAAUAUUAUGAUUAUCUUAAAUAUUUUAUACUAUUGUUGCAUUCAAUUAUUCAAAUAGAUGACUUUGAGACCAUUGUUUCCGGGUGAUUCAGAAAUUGACCAGUUAUUUAGAAUAUUUCGCACUCUUGGAACUCCGACUGACAGCACAUGGCCUGGAGUGCAUAGAUACCCUGAUUUUAAACCAUUAUUUCCAUUAUGGGAUGCACGCCAUAUAGAUGAUUUCUUACCUGAACUUAAUGAAAAAAAUCAACAAAAAGUUUUUUACGUGAGUAACAGUGUUUAUUAUAACAGAAUAAUAGUAAUAAUAAUAAUAAUAAUAAAAAAUAAAAAUAUAUUAACAAAUUAAUCAUAAUUUAAAACAAAAUAAAUUGCUAGUUACAAAAAAUAAAAUAUAUGUGCUACUAAUCAAUAGUGAAAUUUUAUGUACAUUAUUCAAAUUAAUGAUAUUAUUAAAAAUUACUAUACCUAUAGUGAGUAUAUUGAUUUUUGUAAUUUAUUAUUAAUGAGAGGUAAUAAUUGGGAUUAAUAAAUACAAAAUUAGUUUCUAUAAUAUAUAGGUCAUGAUUUCUUAUGGGUAUAAAAUAUUUUUUAGAGUAUUUUAAUGUGUUCAUACAAAAUAUAUUUUGGGUCAUUCAUUUACAGCAAAUCUUAGUGUUUUAAAAACCAUUAAUGUUAUUCAGGAUAUAGAAGUUAAGUUAUAGCAUAGGUAAAUGUAUAAUUCUAUAAAAUAAUUAAUUAAUUUAUAUUAUUUAAGGUAUUUAAAUUCUAUAUCAAUUGUAUGUCUUAUUUUAACAAGUAAAACUACUCAAAAAAUGUCAUAUAUUAUACAAUAAAUUAUGAGAUUGAUCACUCAAUCUAAGUAUUUCAAACACCAAAUUUACCAAUAACGUAUAAAUUAAAUUAAUAAUAUAAUUAUUCUUUUAGUUUUAUUACAUACAAUUAACUGUAAUAAUUGUAUUGCAUUAUUGUUUUAACACCAGGCAUUAUGUACCUACAACCCUGCAAACAGAAUGUCCGCUGAAAAAAUAAUGGAAAUGGAGUAUUUUCAUAAUAUAAGACUGACUUCACUUCCAGAAACACCUUAAAUAAAUAUCAAUCAUUUGUUUAUUUUCUAAUUAUUAUUAUAAUUUUUUUUUUUUUUUUUUUAAUAGUGAAUUAUGAGUAUCUGGUUUAUUUUAGAGUGCUUAAGACAUUCAAGACGUUAUACCAAAUUUAAAUUUGAAUUUUUUAAGUGUAAAUAGUUAGUAAAAUCCCAUUGACCAAAAGCUAAAAGUUAAGUUAAUAUUAUAGGACUAGAAUGAACCAAACGAAUAUGUAUCAAAAAUAAUCGACACUGGUUGAAUAUGUAAUCAUCAAGAUUGAAGUUUCUAUUAUUUUCUUUAGUUUAUUUUUAAAAUUCAAAAUUGUAUUUUAUUGUAUAGGUACUGAAUUCUGUUUUGAUUUGUGCCUAAUUUUCGUUUAGUUAAGUAUCUACAAUAUUUUUUCCAAUAUUACUUUUAUACUUACUGUAUCUUUAAACUUAUUGUAUUUUGAUUUUAUAUUGGUGUAUGAAUUAAGUAAUUUAUAAUUAUCAUACAAAAUGUGCAUAUUGUAUCAUAGUAAUGUACCUAUCUAAAAUAUCAAAAUGUAAAAUCUUAACUAUGUGGUUAUUAUACGAAGCUGUAAAAUUAAUAACCUUGUGACACAUUUUUGGUUUAUGAAAAUACUCUGUAAAAAGAUGGCAAAAUACAUAAUUUUUAAAUUUUGAUUAUGUUUUAUCAUUUUUUUGAUCUAACUGCUUCUUCAGGUAUAACUAUAUUAUUUUGUAAUGACGGUGAUCGACUGUUUGCUGAUCUCCUAAGCCCACCACUGCCCACGUUUGUUCCUAUUUUAGUAUUCAAAUCUUCAUCGCUAGUUGGUGUUACAACAAUUUUGACUUGACUUUUGGGUCGUUCGUCAAGGCUAUAUGACUUCAUACCCACUGGACUUUUCAUACUAGAACUCCUCCGGAGCUAUGUAACAAUGAAAUACAACAACAACAAGCAUUGCAGUGUUACAAAAAAGAGAUAGUAAAGUUGUAUUUUUAAAAUCGAUAAAAUAUAGUACAAAAUUUUGCUUUUACAUUGAAUUAUUAUUAUUACGUACAUGUACCAGCGAGUGUCUUACUGUAGUGCAAACAUAAUAAUUAUUGUUUAGUUUAGUAAUAAUCAAUAUAAAUAUCAAUGUACAAUAUAUUAUGUGCUCUGGCUUUUAGCCAUGGCAAAAGCAUUAAUACUAUAUUAUUAUUGUAUAUAAUGAGUACUUCGAUUAUGAAAUACGAAUAACAGAAUAACGCUUAUGAAGUGUGAUGAUGAUGAUGAUGAUGGUUGAUUAAAUUUCUUGUUCGGCUACAUUACCGGCCAGUGAUGAUCUCGAGCUCUGU